AUGGCGCCAUCCGUGGGCCACCUGCAUAAGCUGGUGGCUCGGAAUUCCAAGCUGCUGAAGGCAGCCUGGAAGAAGACUCAACAGCUCAUCCAGAACAAGCUUCCUCCAUCCAUACGCCCGGCUGAAGCCCAGCUUGCACCGGCGUAUGCCCGCAACGCGCCGCGCCAUCCGCUGCACCGCCUCGCCGCUCUCAAGCAGAGCAAGGGCCGCUGGUACUCCACCCACAGCUUCAUCAACGCCACCGUCCGUCGCUUCACCACCGAGGCCCGCCAAUCCGUCAAGUAUGAUCGCGCAAGCUUCCCCGCCUCCCGCGUGCGUGCUGCUAUCGGCCAGUCCACUGGCCGUGCGCCCUUCGCGUCUACGCUCCGGCCAAACCUUACCGGAGGCACCCUUGGUCGGACCGCGGGUGGAUAUUCCCUCGGCGGCGGCCGUGUCGGCGGAGCACGAUACUUCUCGCACACCCCAGCCGCUCCGGCUCAGGUCGUGCAAAAUGUCUCGCAGGCUGUUCGCGCCUUCCUGGUCGGUGGCCAAAAGGCUCAGUUCGAUGGCGUCAACCCAAGGACGGGCGAGAAACAAUGGAAGGCCGUCAGUGCCCUUCAGGAGGAGGUCGGCCGCAAGAUGAUCAAGGUCCCCAAGGCCACGCCAGGCUCGACGAUUGAAUUUUCCAUCAACCCCACCAUCACCGCUCUCACCCCCCUCUCUGCUGUGACCGGCUUCUCUGGUAGCGCCGAGAAGAUGACCCUCAACAGCGACGGUCUCCUCGACGUCCUGUCCGUGGACUUCUCUAGAGCCUUGAAGGAGCUCGCUGCCGUGCUGAACGACUUGAAGCGCUUGUCAGCUCUCGGGGAUUUGCCCAUCACGUACCACGACUCGAUGUUGUGCGUUCAUUUCCCCGGCGUCGAUGCAGACACUGUCGAAAGGCUGUGCGAUGAGCUGGGCGUGCAACGCGGCUUCAUUCGUCAAGACGAAGACUUCGAUGGGUUCGUUGGCACCGAGAUUGCGCUCUUGUUUCCCUUUGCGCCAAGCAAAACCCCCUCCGAGGCGUCUUUCCUUGCAAAGAAGCCCGCACACGAACGUCCCAUGUACCAGGCCUCGAUCGACUGGCGCAAUAUGCUCACUGUUGAAGAUGACGCCAUGAGCUCGCCAGAGUGUUCAGUUCGGUCGGAGACCGGGAAUGAUUACGAGGAUGUCUACGAAGAGAACCCGUGGCUCUCGACGUCUUCCGCUUCAGGGUUUGAAAGUCUGCACACUAGUCACGCUCGUGACAGCGCCAUUUCCGACGCAUAUUCGCCGUUGGAGUAUCAAGGACUCGAGGGCAUAUACCGCUUCAUUGAGCAGUGUGAUAACGCCCCUCGCUUCCAUUGA